AUGGGCCUCCUCGUCGCCCGGUGGACUCGAAAUCCCGACACACACACACAGCCCACAGAGCCGAACGGCGGGGGGCCGCGCCCUCCGGAGCAGAAUGGCAGUGACAGACACACCGUCGCAACAAGCUCGUCGACGUCCGACAGAGAAGGGGAAGCGCCGUCCCUCUAUCCGCUGAUCCACGCUCGCGCCACUGCCCGCGGCCACGUCAUCGUAGACGUGGAUACCGUCACCGACACGCACCCGCCGCUGUCCGCGCUGAGCCCGCUUCGAAUUCCUCGACGCCACGCGCCGUGGCGUAUCCGAAGCGCGUGCCCGCCGCGGGGUACGCACGGACGAGUCGAGGAGGGUUCGAGCGGUGGUGAUGUGGCACACAUCGAGCACCGGUCCGGCGGUCCCGGGUCAGACGCUGCGCGGCUGCUGAGCCCGACGCUGGCUGGCUGCAGGUGA